UGCAAUGGGCUAAUGUUAUCUAAGUUUGUGUUACCCAAAUGUCUCUUUCUCUCUAAAUAUUUUUCCAUGACUAACCUUCAUUAUUCUCUCUCUCUAUUUCCAGCCCUUGUCAUCCAGUUUGUUUGCCACAGAUUUUUAGAAUACCAUGACCCUACAAUAGAGGAUGCCUACCAACAACAAGCUCGCAUUGAUGGUGAGCCGGCUCAGCUGGACAUUCUGGACACUGCUGGACAGCCUGAAUUCACAGCCAUGCGUGAGCAGUACAUGAGGAAAGGUGAAGGUUUCAUCAUCUGCUAUUCCAUUACUGACCGAAGAAGUUUUGAAGAAGCCAUCACCUACAAGAAAUUGAUUGACCGGGUUCGAAAUCGUGAAGAUAUUCCUAUUGUAAUGGUCGGCAACAAGUGUGACUUGGAAGAGAUGAGAAAGGUUUCAUCAGAUGAAGGUUCUGCUUUAGCAGUUCAAUUUGGUUGUCCAUUCUACGAAACGUCUGCCAUUCUUCGACAGUGUGUUGAUGAUGUUUUCCACAGUUUAGUGAGAGAGAUCCGACAUAAAGAAAGAGAAGCUCUUGCUGCUAUGGAGAAACAGAAUCGUAAACGGAACCGUAUUCGUCGGUUGAGAGCAUUCUUUAAGAGUCUGAACAUUUUCAAAAGAGGUAGCUCACAGAAUUCCUGAAUAUAAACUGAUCAAGAAAGCCUCUGUGUGUGUGUGUGUGUGUGUGUGUGUGUGUGUGUGUAUGGAUGGAUGCUUGUCUGUUGAAUAAAAGACAGAGAAGGCAGAUUAAGAAUUGGCAGACUGAACAAAUCUAAAUGAACAUUGUACAAUAGACAAGAUGGCGCUGCUAGAGAACUUUAGCUAAAACCAAAGAAAGAGGAAUGCCCUACCACCUUUUUUUUUUGUUUUAUUUCUGUCCCUUAAUGAGGAUCGUAUUCAUUUAAGACUAUAUUUCCUUUUUACAUUCCUUUUCUAAUGAAUUCUAAUGAAAAGGUAUAAUAUUCUUUGGUUGUUUCUUUAUAGACCUUGAUUUAAAAAGAAAAAAAUGUUUGUGCCUCCCCCUCAUGCUUCCUCCCUUUCUUCCAAAUCUCAGAUUCUUGUGUGACUUCGGUCAUGGAUUAAACACAGACUUAAGAGAGGAGGGACACGAGAAAUCUUGAUGAAACCAAAACAGCAUCUCUACAAACUACAGACUGAAUUCUUCUGAAGAAGCGACAUACAUACAUAUACAUAUAUACAUACAUAUAUAUGUAUGUAUGUAUGUAUGAUUACCAAAUAUUAGACUCAGCGGAAGAGGCUGAGGAUGUCUUUGUGUAAUAAACAAUAAUCAGUAUAUUAAAACUGACAUUUCAAACCAAACCUGAGCUGCUGCUCCUCUUUGUGUUGCAAAAUGUUGCACCCUUUUUAUUUGGAACCGUUUCUCUCCCUUCCUCCUCCUUCCUCCCCCUCCCUCCCCCUCCCCACCUCUAUCUCUUUCUUUCUGUCUGUCUACAUCAGGUUACCAAGUUAUACAACAAUGUCACGCAGCUAAAUGAGUGUUAUCACCAUCACUAUCAGCAUCAUCAUUGUCAUCAUUAACAUCAUCAUUUUCACAUGCUUUAUUUCCACAUCAUUACCACAAAAGACUGCUUCGUCAAUCUGUCUGUCUCCCAACGAAGGCAGGUUUCUGUCUGUCUAUAUUUGCUGAAAUGUUUGAAAAAACUGUUCUCCAGAAAUGUCUGACUUUGAUUAGGUUUCAACAACUACUAAUCGGUCAACCAUGACACCUAUUCUUGCAUGUCAACAUUUGGACAAUUCGUAAUUCCACCCCUGCUUUUUUUUUUUUAACUUAAAUCUAACAAUUGAUCAACUUCCGAUGUAUCGUGUAAAAAAAUGGAAUUCCUGUUAUGUAGUGAAAAAAUGUUGUCAGUAGUUACUCAUAGAACUGGAAUAUUCUCCAAAGAAUUUAAUCCAAAAGUUUACAAAACCAUUGAACCUAAUUGUCUGAAGAAAACUUAAAGAAAUUUUUUCUAAUUUUAUUUUAAAUUUAAAAAAAAAAGAGAUGUUUAGUUCUGUGAUUUUUUUAGGAAGAGAAAAGUGUUAGCUGUUAUGUUCAGGUCUUCCCCAGGAAUUCUUCAGCAAUUGAAUUGCCUCCAGCCAGAAUUUGAGAUUUUUUUUUUUUUAUAGCAAAAUUGGUUCAAGGAUAAAA